CGGGUCUACAUACGUCACAAUACGAUAAGGGGCGGCAUAACCUUGACCUUUGAUAACACACCCAGACUGUCAUUUGUCUGAGAUGUAGACGUGGAGCUUCCGUUGCUAAAAGGUUCCGGGCCGGUGUUACCGUGGCAUACAGAUCAUGUCUGAAGAGGGUUUUUUACAACAACAACCAGGAUUUGCAACAAAGGCAAUUCAUGUAGGUCAGGAACCUGAAAGAUGGAACUCAGGUGCUGUUGUUCCGCCCAUCACUUUGUCAACCACAUUCAAACAGGAAGCACCAGCUAAGGAUAAGGGCUAUGUAUAUGGAAGAAGUGGCAACCCAUCCAGACAUGUAUUGGAAGCCUGUCUUGCAUCUCUGGAUGGUGCCAAAUAUGGAUUGUGUUUUGCAUCUGGAUUAGGAGCAACUACAGCUAUAGUUCAUCUCCUAAAUUCUGGUGAUCAUAUUGUCUCUGUUGAUGAUCUUUAUGGAGGUACAUACCGCUAUUUUAAUAAGGCAGCAGCAUGUAUGAAUGUGGAAACUACAUUUGUUGAUGCUUCUGAGUUCAGCAGUAUUGAGAAAGCCAUCAGGUCCAACACAAAGUUGGUGUGGUUAGAAAGUCCAACAAACCCACUGCUGAAGGUUAUGGACAUCAAGAAAAUUGCUGAAAUCACUCACAAGAAGGGCAUUCUUCUAGCAGUGGAUAAUACAUUCCUCACAUCUUAUUUUCAACGUCCACUGAGCUUUGGAGCUGAUCUUGUAGUUUAUUCACUAACCAAAUAUAUGAACGGACAUUCAGAUGUGAUAAUGGGUGCAGUUACUACUAACAAUGAAGAUGUCCACACCCGUCUUCGCUUCCUUCAGAAUACUUUGGGAAUUGUGCCAUCUCCAUUUGAUUGCUACUUGGUAAAUCGUAGUGUGAAGACUUUGCAUAUCCGCAUGCGUGAACAUAUGAAGAAUGGCCUAGAAGUGGCACUUUACUUGGAAAAACAUCCACUGGUUGAGAAAGUUGUUCAUCCAGGUUUGCCUUCACAUCCCCAGCAUGAAUUGGCAAAGAAUCAGUGUUAUGGACAUAGUGGAAUACUUUCAUUCUACAUCAGAGGUGGACUGAAUGAAUCAUCUGCAUUUUUGAAGGCGCUCAAAGUGUUCACACUUGCUGAAAGUCUCGGAGGAUAUGAGAGUCUUGCAGAGCUUCCCUCAGUGAUGACCCAUGCUUCUAUACCUCGUGAAGAAAGGGAAAAAACUGGUGUCACAGAUAAUCUAGUGAGACUGUCAGUAGGACUGGAGUCAUCAGAAGACCUCAUAGCAGAUUUAGACCAAGCUCUCAAGGCUGCUGCAGACAUAAACAGUGCUGACUAACAGGAGUCUCAGGAAUGGUUGCCGAUUUAUACGGGAGUAUGAAGAAUAACCAUGCAUUUGUAAUUGCAUUUACAGAGUUGUUAUAUGAAAUGUACUGAUAAUACCAAAAUUAGAAUGUGCAUUUCCUUUUAAAUAUAUAAUUUUGGAGAAUA